UGGUGUUUUUCACAAAAGAGAAGAGAGAUCAUCUCCUUGACUUUGGACUUCAAUUAUCGAGUCCCUCAACAGGAGCAAGAACAUUCUGGAUAUGAUGUGUAAAAACUGGAUAUUAAUGUCUACUACUAUUCCCGCAAGUCCAGAAGAUGAAAUUGUUGGAAGACUUCUAAAAAUUUUGUUUGUUAUCUUUGUUGACUUUAUGUCUAUUAUAUAUGUCAUUAUAACUUCCUAAAGAGCUGAGUUCCCUUGCUUAACAUGUAAAUUUCACAUUAAUUCCACUGAAUAAAAAUUUGUAGUUUCA